UCCCGCCGCAGCCGCAGUGGCCGGCGCCGCAGCGAGGAGCCAUGGGCAACAUCUCCUCCAACAUCUCGGCCUUCCAGUCUCUGCACAUCGUCAUGCUGGGCUUGGACUCGGCCGGCAAGACUACGGUGCUCUACCGGCUCAAGUUCAACGAGUUCGUGAACACCGUGCCCACCAUCGGCUUCAACACGGAGAAGAUCAAGCUGAGCAACGGCACGGCCAAGGGCAUCAGCUGCCACUUCUGGGACGUGGGCGGCCAGGAGAAGCUUCGGCCGCUGUGGAAGUCCUACAGCCGCUGCACGGACGGCAUCAUCUACGUGGUGGACUCGGUGGACGUGGACCGGCUGGAGGAGGCCAAGACGGAGCUGCACAAGGUGACCAAGUUCGCCGAGAACCAGGGCACGCCGCUGCUGGUCAUCGCCAACAAGCAGGACCUGCCCAAAUCGCUGCCCGUGGCGGAGAUCGAGAAGCAGCUGGCGUUGCACGAGCUCAUCCCGGCCACCACCUACCACGUCCAGCCGGCGUGCGCCAUCAUCGGCGAGGGCCUCACCGAGGGCAUGGACAAGCUCUACGAGAUGAUCCUGAAACGCAGGAAGUCCCUCAAGCAGAAGAAGAAGCGGUAAUGCGCCGGACGGCGACGUUCCGGAGCUAGGCGCGGGGAGCGAGCGAGUCCGGAAUGAAUGAAUGAAAGGCUGGGUGGCCCGCGCGCCCGCGAACAAAGACAGCGAACCAAAGCGACGCUUCGAAUUUUUAAAGCGGAGUCUCUGCACCCACAUGCAGGACUGGUGACUUAACCUGGGUAUGUAGGCAAGCUGGCCAGCCUGCGCUCGACCUGCCCUCCACCCCCAGCUCAGGGGUCCUUUUGUCUGAACGCCGGAGCUACUCAGGGGGUGGGGGACCCGGCUGGGGAGUGGACGUGCAGGUCCCACCAUCCGCCCUGCUGGCCCAGGUUGGAAGGCUCAGAUAUCAGAGACAAAAGCGAUUUCCUCCUACUCCAGCGGGGCCAGAAGUUCAGGCUUCCCCGCCCUCACUGGGGAUCGCACCUGUGAGCUACCUGAGGUAUGCGGUUCCCAGAACCCCGGGAGUUCCCAUCUGGGGGCACGGUGGCAGUGGGAGGUGCUGGGGGGAUAGCCUCUCCUUGGGCUGUGAAAGCUGGAUAAUUUUGUGUCACAGGGCAGGCCCCUGUGAAAAUCCAUUUGCCCUGCUCUGGGCCCAAACGAGGUGGUGGUUUGGGCCAUCAGAGGACUCCGUGGAACAGUACCGCAGCCGGAAGGCGCGGGGCGCUGCGCUGGCCUGGGCUGGGGGAUGGCCGCGAAGAACGCCCCUUUCCUGGUGCUUUGUGGUAGCUUCAGAAGACCAGUUUUGUUGAGAACUGCUUUUCAGCCUGGAAUCAGACAUCUUCCAGAUGGUUUGGACCCUGUCCAUGUGUAGGUCAUUAUCACACAAAGAGACCAAUAAAAAAAAAUUAAAACCCAGAAACUGUUGGAGGUGGUGGCAAAUGAUGCAUUUACUCUUUGCAGAAUAGUUAAAGGUGUUUAAAGGGUAAGACUCCUGACGUCAAUGCUGGAUGGGGUGUGUGUAGAUACAGUGCUAUGUAAUCGGCAUACAUUUCUAGACCCAUAUGUGUGGAAUCUUCAAUAUAUAUUUUUUUUAGCCUGCUGAUUGGUUUGUGUGAACACACCAGCUGCAGAUGCGUGCUGAAUGACAAGCGGGUUUUGGCACCGGACGUCUCUUGUAUUCCUAACCGCUUGAUGAUGGGUUAUGGUUUUCAGACAUUUUUUUUUUUUUCCUUAAAAAAAAUCUGCUACGAAUGAAUGAAUACUCCCCAUAGAAAUGCUCAAUUUAGGGGAAAAAGAAGACUUUGCCCUUUUAGAUCCCUUUAAGCUGCAAGUGGCGAUAUGUUCAAAUUUCUCAUUUGGUUCAUUGUGGCCUAUCUGCUUUAAGUAUUUUCAUUGCAAAUGUCUCCUUAGAGUAUUUGAUGUUACACACCAACAGACAAAAGUCCACCUUGUUGCAAAAGCCGACCUCAUUGCAUGGAUUUCAAGGCGAGGGAAAAGCACAAGGAGGUCCUUCCUGAUCCUUGCUUGUGGAAACUGGUUGCAGAGCAAAUGCAGACGCGGUGAGCGCUGGGGAUGAAAGAAAGCGUGUGACGUAAUGGUCACCUGUCCUCAGGCUCCUCACAGUUUACUUGAAAGAGGCUUUGGAAAUAAAGUGAAAGAAGAAGAAAUACCUAUUUUUAAUAAUGUAAUUUAAAAAAUCCUUUAUAAUCAGGACUGAGUCUUGGUUUGCAGAAGCUGUCAUUCUCCCCCAAACACAGUAUCAAAAGGGAAACUUACACUUACUGUGUGAUUUUGAUUUCUUCUUUAAACCCAUGUUUACAGAUAGGAUUAUGUCUGUCCGUCCCCCACCCCGGUCCACGAACAAUGAUAAAUUUCUUGUGUGAAGGAGGCCUGUAGAAAUUGGGCAUGGUCAUGCGUGAGCAUGUGAGUUAGUCAAAUUAUAAAUCCAUGCCUAUAAAUAAAUCCCUGCACUCAAAGUGAAUUUAAGAACCAGAGGUAGUAGUCCUGGCUUCCUGCUUGAUCCAGUUCCCCUAUGAAAUAUUUUAAAAGAGGAUACCUAGCAGUCCAUCCUUCUUUUCUCUUUUGUCAGUGUAUUUGGUACCCCUCCAACGCUGGUCUUUUUGUAGAAACUCAGUAGAGAAAAUAUAGCUGAGCAGUGUUGAAAAGCCUGCAAGGUUUCAGUUUACAUAUCGACAGCAUAGUCACUGAUUUCUAAAUGGGCUGGUCCCGUCAUCUGAAGAUCCUGUAAAGAAUUAUUAAAAGAAAAAAAAAAUCCAUCUUUCUUUAUUUUCUUCACAUGCAACAAUUUCUUAAGCACUUUGACAUUUUGGUAGUUCCACACUAUUGAGAGAAUAAUAUAUUUAUUUUGUGACAUUGCAGAUGCCAAAUACUGUAACCUUCUCGUGCUGACAAUAUUUUGGUCCAAGAUCACUGUUCAGAUCCUGUCAUGCUUUACCAAUGAUGCAAAAUGACUUUUUUUUUUUUUUUGCAUUCUCAAUACUUAAGGGUGCGGUCAACUGUUAGUAAUUGUGCAGUAAAGCUCUGUGGUGUAUCAGCCAAUAGUUGAGUCUCAGUUGAUAUCUGUAGUGUUUACCCUAAUGAUAGCCCGUUUCAUCUCUGACCAAUGAGGGCAGGAAGCACAGGCUAAAUUACCUUGGAGUGGUCACCUGGGAGAUCCCUCCAGCGUACCUGUCAGUGAUUUAUUAUGCCUCCUGCUCUUCGGAGAAUGAAUGGGGUCCACAUAGAGGAACUUGGCCUCCCCACAGAAGCUUUUCAAAUGUUUUCUGAUAGACACAGGGAGGUCAGCUUUGUUUCACAACAAUUCUCUUCACAGAUUCUCUGUCAUGGUGUUGGGACUAUGUCUCCUGGUUUGUUUCCAUUUGUACUGCUGUAAUUCUUUGUCCUGAUCAUCCCCCUCUUUGGGUUCCCGUUUCCUUUUAUAUGCGUAUAUGAUGCUGUGAACAGAAAUAAAUUAUUUAUACAAUCAAA